AGUCGACCUUGACUUUUGCGUGAGCUGUGCAGACGAUCGUGCUGCAGCCGGCGCAGUGCGUUGUUGAAACGUGUUAGCGUUAAUUACCGAUGCGUUGUUCGGCGUAUUUCGAAACUAGAAAGGCCCGAUCUCGGUCUUCCAUCCCUUCAAUGUGAGGUAGCCGUCUUCACGGACUUCAGCUGUGGUGGUGGUGGCCACGCCAUGCGUUUGCCUAGCUUCAAUCGGCUGCUGCAGAUCUCCGGUUUGGUCGGAAUCGGUCUGGUGGGCAGCACUUUCUGGUUCAAGAAUUACCUGGCCAACAAGAUGACUGAGUUGGAGUACUACAAGAUUGCCAUGUCCACGCUGCAGGGAAAUGCUGCGGCCAUGAGACUUCUCGGGGAACCGCUCAAAGAACGUCGCAUCGACAUCAGCGACACGGACGGCACCAAAACGAGACCGCACCGAGCUCAAAUGAAAGUGCCAAUCCAAGGCUCCAAGCAGCGGGGCGAGCUCUACCUGUGGGCGGAACGACAUGCACUGGAUGUGCCUUGGGAGCUGCUCCGGCUUGAACUUGGCUUGGAAGCGCACAGGGACAAGCGGCUUCUAGUCUACUACAAUCCAAAGUAUGCCAAGGACUAUGUGAAAGACUUUGACGUUGACACGAUGCCCUUGGUCGCUUCGACAGAGUCCACUCAACCACGCAGUGUGCCCUCGAGCUAACCCACACUUCACGUGGUAGUUUGUCCAGGCUGAUAUGGAUUUUGAGCUCAUCUGUCUAGGCUUGUACUGACCGAGUGACGAACCGUCUUGGCAUGUUUGUGGUGUCCCUGAGGCACAAGCUAUACAUAACCUUUAGAGAUGAACUUCCAACUUUUUAUGUGGUGAUUGGUGCAGGAGUCGAACAUUGCAGUGCGCAUUGCAGUGGGUUCUUGCCUGAUAUCGCAUCUAUUCAUUUUGCUUACAAUAAAUCAUAAGUGUAUGUAUGUGUUUCAUGGUAAUCUGUUGUCACAACUACGGCAUCAAGUGCUUCAUGCUGUCCUUCAUGCCUCAGCACAAAGUACAGCUGAAGCGACAAAUGGUGCUGCCAUUAUAAACUGGCUUCGAUGCACACAUUUAAUUUUGAGGUGUUUCCAACAGUGACCACAAGAAGUUGCACCUAUCUAUUGAAUAAUAAUAAUAAUAAAAAGCACUUUACAAUUAAGCA